AUGUUUCGCAGGGCGCUGAUUUCAUUUCGUGCGCCAGUGACCCGCAGUUUAGCACAACCGGCUGUGCUUGGCGGUGCAAUGCGUGCGGCUUCCCGUUCGUAUGCCACAUAUCCCGCGGUCAAGCCCAAGAAGUCUCACCCCUUCCGCUGGGGCAUGAUCAUUGGCCUGGCUAUUGGUGUAGGCUGGGCCUACGUCGACCGCCAUGGCUUGGAGCUGGAGCAGGACGACAAAAUCCAGCCACCAACAAAGUGUGACCCUUUUCCUCGCAAAAUUGACGUUCGAGGAGAAAAGUACUCGGUAAUCGGCGUUGGGUACCGAGCGGUGACUUUUAUGAGCUUCCACGUCUACGCCCUGGGAAUUUACAUCGCCGAGAAGGAUGUUUCCAAAGCACGCAAGAUUCUGGACUCCAUUGCUGAUUUGUCGGGUGCCCUGGCCGAUCCCGAAAGCUCGCCCGAUGUCAUUGGACACUUGCUCGACAACGGGGUUCGAUUUGCGGUAAGAAUUGUUCCUGUACGCAACACCGACUUUUUGCACAUUCGAGAUGGCCUCGUUCGCAGUGUGACGGGCAAUCCAGCGUUCAAGGCUCUUGGAAACAGCGAAGAUGUCGGCCAGGGCCUCAAUGAGCUCAAGCAAGCAUUCAGCAGAAAGCGGUCUAUCCCCAAGGGUGACGUGAUUACUAUUGCUCAAGUCGAUGAUGGAAAACUGUAUUGUGAGUAUGCCUUGAAGGCAUCUCAGUCCGAGCCUGAGGAGCUUGGUUUAGUCGCUCACCCGGGUGUUGGCCGCUUGUUAUUCUUGCAAUACCUCAGCGGCAAGAACCCCAACAGUCCCACGGCAAGCAAAAGCUCACAUGAUGGCCUGGUCUCUUUGUAA